AGCAAAUCAUUCCUUCCUGCGUAUCUGUCAGCAGGCAGCAUGAGAGUCCUCGUCCUGUUUGUGUGCCUGUCAGCGGGCUGCCUCGCUCAGAGACCACAACAAUGCACAUCCCCUCGACAGCUAACCGGAGACCUGUCUGUGACCACCCAAAAUGAGAAGCUGCUGGCCUUCGCCAAGUACAGCUAUGAUGCCCAGAGACAGCGCAUCCGCCUCACAGAGUGGGGGGUCAUCGGCAAUAAGACCUUCCACAUCGACGUCCUUCUGCUCUACAGACAGCGUGUGAUGUAUAAGAUUAACUCCAAGAACCACACGUGCUGCAAGAGGCCGCUCAAUGUGGACUUCCACCCACUGGCGAUCCCAAAGAACGCGACCCUGCUGGCACAGGUUGUGCUGGGCAGCUCCUCUGGCCCGGGACAGGGAGUCUUGGUCAACACCUGGGCGGGGGAGCAGCAGAUGAAGGAGGGGAAAGCACAGUACAUGAGCACCGUCACCGAGUUUGGAUGUAUUCCUGUCAGCACUCUGUUUCACACCAGCAAAACUGGAUGGAUGGUGACCAGCUUUUUUAACAACAUUGUCGGACUGCAGGACCCUCAGCAGCUCAUCCCACCACCUUUCUGCAAGGACGCGCAGCUGGAGGAAGAGGAGGGACAGGACCCGGCGACCUUCUUUAGCUUGUUUUAAAACACAAGUCUAUAUUUUAAAAUGUAUUGUGCACUGUGACUGUACACGACUAUUUGGCACUGCAUUAUUACUCAUUUAGUGGGAUGUGGGUUGAAUUGAGGCCACUUUUUUUCAAUCAGUUUAAAAUAGUACGUUUGUUGUGGGUUUAAUCUUUUCUUAUUUGUAUAAACAGAUUAAGUGUACUUGUGUCAGAAGUGAUUUAUUUCAAAUACAAAUGAAGCGAGAAACGAUAUGUACUAUAUACUUUAACAAAUAAAAUACACAAUUACAAUCUCUUUUUGGACAGAACAUAAAACUUACGAGAUUUUUUCAUUUUUAAUUUCCUUACAUUAAAUAAUAUAUGGUAAAGACAUGAAUACUUGGUGGGAGCAAUAAAGACAAAUGAUUUAACCAAUGUUGAAAUAUGUACUUAAUGAUACUGAUUUAUAAUAACAAUUGAACAAUCUCAAUAUGGUAUGAUAUUAUUUUUGAGGGACAGAACUUCAGAAAAUAAGGCAGUUCAAUCUGUUUUCUCAACCUACGUGAAAUUAAAGUUGUUUCUGUCUUUUUGA